CAAAGUAGAUGAGGAGAGGGAGUUUGACUUGCAAAAGAGCACUUGGCUUCUGUUGCGUUAUAGGAUUACAGGUAACUCUGUUGACAAGCUGGUGACAGUGUCUAAACGGCGCCACCAUGGGAGAAAUGGAGGAAUUGAGGAAAGAGGCGGAAAGUCUAAAGGAUCAGAUCACUGCGGCUCGUAAGGCAGUCCAGGACACUACGCUACAGGAGGCGACGGCUUCCAUCUCGGUGGUGGGGCGUGUUCAAAUGAAGACCAGAAAAACACUGAGAGGGCACCUGGCCAAGAUCUACGCCGUGCACUGGGCCACGGAUUCAAAGCUGUGUGUUAGCGCCUCACAAGAUGGAAAACUCAUUGUGUGGGACACAAUUACAACCAACAAGGUGAAUGCGAUCCCGCUGAAGUCGUCGUGGGUCAUGACCUGUGCCUAUGCGCCUUCAGGGAACCUGGUGGCCUGUGGAGGUCUGGACAACAUGUGCUCCAUCUACAACCUGAAAGGGAAAGACGGCAACGUGAAGGUGAUGAGGGAGCUGAUCGCACACAACGGAUACCUCUCCUGCUGUCGGUUCCUCAGCGACAGUGAAAUCAUCACCAGCUCUGGAGACUGCACCUGUAUGCUCUGGGACAUUGAGACCGGGACCAUAAAGACCACGUACGCCGGGCACCAGGGCGACUGCAUGUCUCUGGCCGUGUCUCCAGACUUUAACUUCUUCAUCUCUGGAGCCUGUGACUUCACGGCCAAACUGUGGGACAUCAGAGAGGCCCAGUGCAGACAGACGUUUGCAGGACACGAGAGCGACAUCAACGCCAUCGGGUUCUUUCCAAAUGGUAACGCAGUGAUCACAGGGUCCGAUGACGCCACCUGUAAACUGUACGACCUGCGCGCCGACCAGGAGCUCAUCACGUACCAGGACAGCAGCAUCAUGUGUGGAGUCACCUCUCUGGCGCCCUCUAAGUCCGGGAGGCUCAUUCUGGCCGGAUACGACGACUUCAACGUCAACAUCUGGGACACACUGAAGGCGGAGAGAGUGGGUGUUUUGGCCGGACAUGACAACAGAGUGAGCUGUAUCGGGGUGUCUGCUGACGGGAUGGCCUGCUGCACGGGCUCCUGGGACAACUUCCUGAAAAUAUGGAACUGAGCCCGCUCCAAAACCCAACACAGAUCCGGAUCUACGUUUAGAGGAGUGGGAAAAAGAAGCCACAGGUUAAACAGAGAGAGG